AUGUCUCCAGUCCAUCCAGAGCCUAUUGCAAUUGUCGGAUUUGGUUUCCGGCUGCCUGGCGGUGCCACCAAUGCAGAGGGAUUAUGGGAGAUCCUCGCUGAAGGCCGGCAAUGUUGGACAGAUGUCCCAGAGAGCCGGUAUAACUGGAAAGGGUUUCAUCAUGCGAACCCGGAUGCAAAAGGCACUCACAACGCAAGAGGAGGUUUCUUCUUAGAGCAGAAUAUUGCUGAUUUUGAUGCGCAAUUUUUUGGCAUGUCAGCGACAGAGUCGGCGGCAGUAGAUCCUCAACAGAGACUACUGCUGGAAGUGUCAUAUGAGGCAUUGGAAAAUGCUGGAUUACCACUCGAACACCUUCGAGGUUCUCAGACUGGGGUAUACGUCGCCCUUGUAAGUCGUGAUUAUGAUCGUCAAAUAUAUAAAGACCCGAUGCAGAUACCAAAGCACCACUUGACGGGCUGUGGUGAUGCUACUGCUUGUGGUCGGAUAUCAUAUGUCUUCGAUUUCAAAGGCCCGUGUAUGAGUCUCGAUACCGGUUGCUCGGGUGGCAUGGUGGGAGUACACCUCGCCUGCCAGGCGCUCCAACUAGGUGAGAGUAGCCUGGCGUUGGUCGGAGGCACCAACCUGUUACUAGGGCCGGAUAUGACGAUGGCAAUGAGCAACUUGCACAUGGUGAACGAUAAUGGAAGAUGCUAUCCAUUCGAUAGUCGUGGAGCCGGAUACGGCAGAGCGGAAGGGGUGGCGGUUGUGGUCCUCAAAAGGCUGAGCGAUGCGCUAAAAGACGGAGACUCCGUCCGAGCAAUCAUACGGGGCUCGGGAAUCGGUCAAGAUGGCAAGACAAACGGAAUCCUGCUCCCAAGUUCUCAAGCUCAGCGAGAUCUGGCAGCGUCUUUGUACAAGAAGAGCGGCAUAGAUCCACAAAAAGUCGCCUAUGUCGAAGCGCAUGGGACCGGCACACAGGCAGGCGACGCUGCAGAGGUUAAUUCAAUCAAGGAGGUAUUCAUAGGAGACCAGUCAACACGAAACAUCCCCCUCCUACUCGGCUCGAUCAAGGCGAAUCUCGGGCAUUCAGAAAGUGCAAGUGGUUUGGCUGGAAUACUCAAAGCAACACUCUCGCUAGAGAAGGCUUUGAUCCCACCCGUGGCUCAGCUAGUGAUUCAAAAAGAAGAUGUCACCAAAGCCAUCCGUGAUUCUGCGGUUCAUAUACCAACAAAAUUGGAGCAUUGGCCCCACAGCGGAGUCCGCUAUGCCUCUGUAAACAGCUUUGGGUUUGGAGGUAGCAAUGCGCAUGUCAUACUAGAAUCAGCACCAGAGUUCGACGUGCCUUCUGCUACAUCCCCUCAUUCCGACUGGAAGACAUCAACAAGCAAUGGCAUUAACAGAGUUGAGACAAACUGCUCUUCACCAGAGAGGCUACCAUCAGGUUCAAUGUGUCAGCAUGAGCUCUUUGUUGUUUCCGCGCGUUCCAAGCCAUCUCUGGAACAGAUGACGGCCGAUUUAAAGCUUUGGCUUGAAAGACAAGAGUUAACACCAAGUCUGAUACAAAACCUCGCCUAUACACUAAAUAAACGCCGCUCGAGGUUCAACUGGCGCUCGAGCUUUGUCGCCUCUACCCAAUCAGGGCUAUGGGAGGCUUUAGGUGCAGCUCGCCAUAUCAGGUGCUCCAACACUUUGAAUGUGGUAUUCUUGUUCACAGGUCAAGGUGCGCAGUAUGCAACCAUGGGUCGAGAAUUACUUGGCUUCUCCAACACUUUUGCCAACUCCUUGCGGAAGUCUCAAAGAAUUUUGAGAGAGUUGGGUGCUUCUUGGAAUCUGCUUGAUGAGUUAUCCAAGCCAGAAAAGUCAUCAAGAGUGAACUCGAGCGAGCUAUCGCAACCAACGACAACCGCCAUUCAGGUGGCGCUAGUUGACCUCCUCAAAGACUUAGGUGUGCAGCCAAGAGCGGUAAUAGGGCAUUCAAGUGGAGAAGUUGGUGCGGCUUAUGCAGCUGGAGCCCUCACUCAAUAUGAUGCUUUAAACAUAAGCUAUCACAAGGGUUUUGUGGCUGACUGGUGCCGGCAAGUCGUCAAAACAAAGGGUGCAAUGCUUGCAGUGGGCCUAGGUGAGCGACAGAUCUCGCAGUAUCUUGAACAGGUUCACUGCGGUACUGCAUCCGUUGCAUGUGUGAAUAGUCCGUCUAGUGUGACCGUAUCAGGGGACGAAUCGGCAGUCUUCGAGCUUCAGAAACUUCUCAACGACGACUCAGUGUUCAACAGACUGUUGAAAGUCGACAUAGCAUACCACUCGCAUCAUAUGAAAGCUGUGUGUGGCACAUUCGGAGAUGCUAUUUCAGCGGUGAAAAACCAGGAUGUCACAAGUGGGACGUCGUUCUUCUCGUCGGUGACUGGUAAAAGCAAAACAACCAAUUUCGGGCCUUCGUAUUGGGUUGAUAAUCUGGUAUCAAAGGUCCGCUUUUCUGAUGCGCUUGAAAAUCUGGUGGAGACGUACCGUGGAUCUGGAUCCCCACCUUUGCACUUUGUUGAGGUUGGACCACAUUCAGCCUUGCAGGGCCCGAUACGUCAGAUCCUCACUUCCUUUGAGGCGGAGUCAGUCAAGUGGUCGUAUUCAUGCACACUUGUCAGGACGAAAGACGCUCAUCAGGCGGUCCUUGAAGCCUUAGGAAAUCUUUGGGAGCAAGGUAUCAGUGUUAACAUGGACAAGGUGAUUGCUUUGCGACCAGAAAGCUCGAGCGCCAGACGCAGGCCUUUGACUGAUCUUCCCCCAUAUCCGUGGGAGCACUCUUCCACACACUGGUUCGAGUCUCGUCUCAGCAAGGACUAUCGCUUGCGUCAGCAUAGACCACACGAUCUGCUAGGUCUCAGGCUGACAGGGACCACAACAAUAGAACCGGUGUUCCGACACAUUCUGAAUGUGGAUGAUCAGCCAUGGUUGCAACAGCAUAUUAUUGAUGGCUUUGCACUUUACCCAGGAUCUGCGUUUCUAGUUCAUGCCAUAGAGGGUCUCAAACAAAUCUCACAGGACCGUGGGCAAGUAGCCAUCCAAGAAUAUUGCUUUAAGGAUGUUUCUUUCAACAAGGCACUCGUGGUGCCCAGUUCUCCUGCAAGUGUUGAAAUCUUGGUAAGCUUAAAACCAAGCAGGAUGAGGAACGAACGGCUCAGCAUGACAUGGCUUGACUUCCGUGUCACUUCACAAUCCCAAGAAGGCGUAUGGAAUGAACACUGCCAAGGUUUUAUCAGAGCUGGCUUUGGUACAGGGGAUGAGUCGCCCCUCAUCGUCACGGACCAGAUCGAGAAAGCCCAUCAAGCGUGUGAGUUGAACAUGCCGGCGGCUCAUUUGUAUGAGGACCUCCGCCACAAUGGCAUUGAUUAUGGAGAAGAUUUCUCGAUUAUCAAAAGACUGAAAAUCGGUCAUCAGCUCGCAGUUGCCCAUGUCGAAAUUCCAGAUAUCCGUAGGUGCAUGCCUGGCGGCGAGAUUGAGCCACACGUCAUCCACCCUGCACUUUUCGACGCUUUCAUGCACGUGGCCAUUCCAAUCUAUCAUCGGCAUUGCACCCGAGGGCCAGUUAUGUUGACUCACAUUGGGGAAGCUUCCGUUUCAGCAAGUAUCGUCAACAAUCCUGGUGCAGAAUUGGCUGUUGUUUGCAAAUUGACUCAAGCAGAACGACGUUUUGGAGCAGUGAAUGUGAGUAUUGCCCAGAGUGAUGAAAGGGGAGUUUGGCAUGAAGUUUGCAGCUUGACCCAGGAGGAAUUUCGAAGCAUUGGCGAAGGAGGGAAUCAAAAAUCCAGUCCAGCAUCGGUAUUCCAAUCGUACAAUUUGGAGUGGUGUCCCCUCGCCCACUGGCCGUCACAAUCACGAUUGAAGCCCACGCAGAGGAUCGAAAUUUCGCAAAUAAGUGGAAGUCGUUUUGCGACAACACUGGCUUUUGACCUUGCUAAUCAUCUUCCCAAUGAAUGCCAGGGAACCGUCGUGCAGUAUAGACCGGAGUUAAUGAACGUCGACUCCUUACAAGUUGUCAUCAACGAAUGGUCAUCGGCCUCUCGUGACGAUCACAUCAACCAGUCCAGGGUCCAAGAAACUGCAAGACAGCUCGCCCAGUUCAAAUCGGUACUUUUGGUGAGUAUUGCACCAAUCAAGCCGGCUGUUCCGAUUGUGACAGCAGUAAACCCCGUAACACGACGAGAAGGGCAGAAAUUGGUAACGUUGGAAUACCAAGAUAUCUCCAGCGAUGAACACAAGCUUAUCCAUUUGCUUGAGGAAAUUAUUACAACAUCGUUUGCAGUUGGUCAUCAGUCGGCAGGAAGUGGUGCUGACUAUCGGUAUUGUGAUGGAACGCUCAUGGCACUUAAACUUGUCCCACACGAACCUACUGCUGCUCGACUCAAGUCGAUUGAGGUUGAAGAACCUGUUAAAGGCAUUGCUGCGUAUCACCAACCCCAUCGAUCCAUAAAACUUGAUUUCACAACACCCGGACUUCUGACCAGUGCGUGUUUCAUUGAGGACGAGAAACCUCAGACAGCCGCGAACACUGAGCAUGUACUAGUCAAGGUUCAUGCUCACGCAAUCAACCAGACUGAUGUUGCCAUCGCAUUGGGAAGGGCAUUGCCAUCCGAAGCAAUGGUGGGUGAGUUUUCUGGUGUUGUAGUUGGGGUUGGCUCAGGCGCCGUGGACAAAUUCAGCAUUGGUGACAGAGUUUGUGGCUGGGGUUCAUCGCCAUACACGAACAUUGCCAGUGUCAACUUCAAUUUUCUGCAUCGCAUUGCCGAUGAUGUUUCUUUUGCAGAAGGGGCCACAAUACCUCUGGCAUUCCAGACCGCGUACCACGCUCUGAUCGAUCUCGCGCACAUGGAAAGCUCUCAGAGAAUUCUUAUUCAUGGUGCUGCCGGAGCCGUCGGACAGGCAGCAAUACUGCUUGCGCGACAUAUCGGAGCUGAGAUAUAUGUCACUGUCGGAGAUGAAAAGAAGAUGCAGAUGCUGAUGAACACAGUUCACAUCGAUCCAAACCACAUUUUCUCAAGUCGAAGUGCGGUGUUUGCGCAUAAAAUACGCGAGCUGACUGGUGGGACGGGUGUUGACAUUGUCCUGAAUUGUUGUUCGACCGAUCUGAUUGAUGCUAGUCUAUCUUGCGUCUCCGAGUUUGGGACUUUCAUUAAUCUUCCUAAAUCUGGUGCGGAGUUGUCGGCAUCAAGCUUAAGAAACAACAUCUCGGUUGUCUCCGUCGACAUGGACGCACUCAGGAAUCGACACCCUGCUAAAACGCAGACCAAAUUUCAGAAAGUUAUGGCACUGUAUAACGAAGGCUUUUUGGGGCCGCUUCGGUACACUUGUCUUCCGAUGGAAGAGUUCGUGCAAGGUUUCAAGCUCGUUCAAACCCAAAAUGGUGUCGGCAAGGUAGUUCUGAGUGCAGAUGAUACUACACGUGUAAGGCAGGUACUCGAAAGGCCAGAUCUUGAUGCUGAGGCAACUUAUGUCGUGCACGGACCCCACUCUGUGACCAGCAAGAACAUCGUCCAAUAUCUGAAAGAGCAUGGGGGUGCACACGUGUUCCAUAUUUCCAACACAGGUGAGAUAGAGCGACAUUCUUCGUCUGGAGUUCAGAAGUUAGUCGACUCCAAAGAUGAAUGUUCUAGCAUUAAAUCGGUGGUUCGAGACUCUCUCGCCAACAUGCCGCCAAUUAAAGGGUUGUUUGACUUGAGAGUAUGCGAUGAGGUGAUUCAAGGGUUUUCCUUGUUUGAUGUGCAGCUAACAACCUUGCAGAUUGAAUCGUCACUGGUUGAAACCACGAAGAAUGGUGGAAACCCUCUCAAGCAGUCUGAUGCGAUCACAACAGGAGUACUCACGGAUAUCCUACAGGAUCAGCAACUUGAUUUCUUGAUCACUAUCUCUCCUAUGGCAGUCCUUGCGGAGAGUGGGAAUGUGAAUAGGACAAGCAUUGGCACGAAAAUCGGGAGAGUGACUCAACAUCAUAUGCGUUUGUUCUUACCGGACCCCGCAAUAAUUCAAGGUCCUUUUCCAGCUGAAGGUCUGCUAGGACGCGAUGAUAAUGGUAAGACCAAUGAGGCAUGUGUGACUGCGCUAUGGGAUUACGGCAUAAGCCGUAUGGCCAACAAGGAGGCUACACUCGAUCUCUUUUUUGUUGAUCAUACUCAGCUCGAACGUUUUGCAAGCGAGACAGGCUUGAGACAACACUUUCCCUUCUUCAAUGACUUGGUGAGCGUUAGUGUCUCCCACAAAGGUCAAUCAGAACACAACGUGGAAAGUGUUGGCCAAAAGCUGAAGAAGACAAGCGAUGAGCAUCAGGUCCAUAAAAUCAUACUCGAUGAAGUGUGUCGGCAACUGGUUGAUUUUUGUGCAUUGGAAGUCGAAGAUAUGACAGCAGAGGCUGCGAUUGCCGAUAUUGGGUUGGACUCGCUCCUCGCGAUAGAGUUCAAAAACUCGAUAGUCAAGACCUUGGGCGCACAGAUGCAGACGACCGAAAUCCUCGAUGCACCUACUUUGAACGAUCUCACCAAGUUGAUAGCUCAGAGGUCGAAGUUUGUGACCGAUACUUCGAAAGUCGAGGGAGUUAUCGCAAAUGGCCAUGGAGUGGAUAGACACGAAGCACUCUCCGACUUCAACAAUGUGGAUACCAGCGAUUUGAAGCUACCUCUACUGCAGAUCCCUCCACUCAAAAGCCUUAUAGACAGGCACCUUACCUACGUCAGGGCUUUCGCGUCUGAAGAAGAAUUCCAGGUAACGAAAGGGAUAGCUGAUCGAUUCCAGCAACCCAGCGGUCCUGGAUCUCGAUUAUAUGACCGCCUGCUCGCUGUGAAGGAUGCUAAUCCCGAGGACUGGUAUCACGAUCUCUAUCUCAAAAGUCAAUACUUGGCACGAAAAGGGGCACUUGCGCCAUACAUGCUUUUCUUCUUCAGCCAUCCUUUAAGCUUGGUACAACAUAGCCAGUCCACACGGGCGGCGUUGAUCACGUCGACGUUGAUACGGUACAAGAAUGCGUUGGAAAAUGGUAAGAUAAAGCCAAGAUAUUUGCAUGAGCAGCAGCUAUGCAUGGACCUGUACAAAAAUCUUUUCAACACAUGUCGUAAGCCUCAACUCGGGCUUGAUAGUUUCGAGAAGUACAAUGGCGUUGAGUAUUUCGUUGUCUUGAGACAAGGUCAUGGAUACAAGGUGGAUUUUAGGGGAAUUGAGGAGAACCUCGACCAUGAGACCCUCGAAGCAACAUUUGCAGGGAUCCUUAAACAAGAGCCAAUUGACAUCGAUUGGACAGGGAUACUGACUGCAGACCACCGUGUCUCGUGGGCAAGGAAUUACCAGACUUUCGUCAAAACCAGUCUUCAGAAUGCCAGAUACAUCGAGACAAUGGAAAGAGCCGCGUUCAUCAUCUGUCUUGACGAUGCGCAGCCUGAAACUCCUGAGAAACGAGCCCGUCAGAUCCAUUUCGGAAAUGGCUUUAAUCGAUGGUUUGACAAGUCAAUGCAAUUCGUGGUCUGCUCAAACGGAAUCUCCGGGAUCGUAGCUGACCACACGGGGCUUGAUGCUCCAACAGUGCAGGAGCUAAACAUGCUGAUAGCAGACGCAAUCAGUAAGUAUGAUCCAAGUGGGAACAGUUUGGCAGGCAGAAGCCUUGAAGCAGAGAAGUUGGCACACAAUGGUUUUGUUGGAAUCGAUGAGGAGAUCCAAAGGAUUAGGGUCAACUUCGAAAAUGCAAUCGGUACACAGCAUCACUUUUUCCCAGAGUCAUUGCCAUGGGGCUCAUCACUGGUCAAGUCGUAUAAAUUGCCUCCGAAUAGCAUAUUUCAGCUUGUGGUUCAAAUAGCUGCCUUUCGCUAUUUCGGCUAUAUCCCUGCGACCUGGGAGACUGUUCUCCAGUCAACUUUUCAUAAAGGCCGGGUGGAAAUCAAUCAAAUUGUCUCGCAGCAAGUGGCCACCUUUGUCAAGGCAGCUGUAGACAGUGAAGUACCUGUCGCUACCUGCAGACAGCUUCUGACUGAAGCGGCCAGGACACACUCUGGUACUGUUCUAUCAUGUACAAGGGCUGGUGGUUCGGAUCGAUUCCUGACGAUACUGAGAGACAUGGUAGAAGAAGGCGAGGAAGAGCCUGAGCUGUACAGAGACCCUGUGUACAAGCGUUCAAGACCACGAAAACUUAUGAGCAGUUGCUUCAAAACACACAUGGCGGAAAAUGGCUGUUUCAUGAAGGAUGGCAAUGCCAUUUGGUUACAUUUUGAGGUUGAGGAGGACCGUCGAUCGUUUUCCUCGGGUAAACAUAUUUCAGCACUGGACAAAAUCUUCCGAGUCUCAGAAGAAGUUCAAGAUGCUCUUGCAACAGGGAAGCCUGUCGUUGCUCUUGAGACAACAAUUUACACCCACGGCUAUCCCUACCCCGAAAACGUCGCUCUCUCAUCCCACCUCGAGUCUCUUGUUCGCGUCAAUGGCGGCGUUCCUGCCACAAUUGGCGUUCUCAAUGGGGUCGCACAAGUUGGAAUGGGUCCCGAGCAAUUGAUUGAGCUCGUCAAAACAGCUGGGCAGAAAACUACCUGGAAGCUUUCGAGGAGGGAUCUCGGGUUCAUCGGUGGUCUGGGCCUCCGGGGACAGAGACUGAACGGUGGUACCACGAUUGCCGGGACCAUGAUUUUAGCACAUCUUGCUGGAAUCAAAAUUUUCGCGACUGGCGGCCUCGGUGGCGUUCACCGUGGAGGUGAAAACUCAAUGGAUAUCUCAGCAGACUUGACAGAGCUUGGACGCACUCCAGUCACGGUCAUUAGUUCUGGCUGUAAGAGUUUUCUCGACAUUGCUCGCACCUUGGAGUUUCUUGAAACGCAAGGAGUGGGUGUAGGCACGUUCGCAGAUGGACGCAGAGGGGAUGUGGAGUUUCCUGCGUUCUUCUGUAGAGACAGCGGGGUCAAAAGCCCCCAGACCAUUCGUGAUGAAGUGGACGCAGCCGCUAUCGUUUAUGCUCAGUCGGCUCUGGGACUACAGUCCGGCUUCCUCUUUGCAAACCCAGUUCCGGAGGAUUCUGCCAUGGUCAAGGAGGAGAUAGAUAGCAUUAUCUCCGCAGCCGUGGCCGAGUCCCAGGAGAAAGGUAUCAGUGGCAACGCUAACACUCCUUACAUUCUCAAAAGGAUACGAGAAUUGAGCGAAGGUAGGAGCAUCAAGGCUAAUACUGCAUUGGUCGAAGGCAAUGUUAUUCGCGGAACAAAAGUUGCCGUGGAAUUGGCAAAAUUGGAACGAGGAAAUGGUGUUGCACCACCGCGACAUGAAAGCAUCAUCGUGCCUCGAUCUAAGCCACUUGCCUUGCCAGCUUCCCCAAACCCCUCGCAUACGGGUAAACCGAGUCAGACACAGGCUGGAGCAGUUGAUGUGCUAGUUGCGGGAUCCCUUGCAAGCGACACAAUUUGUGACUAUCAGCCCCUGGACGAUGAUCCAACAAAAAGUUCACCCAUCUUGAGUACUUCCAAUCCCGCCCAAAUAGCCCAGGCAGCAGGCGGCGUGGGGCACAAUGUUGCUCUAGCAGCUCAUUUUGCUGGUGCCAAGGUCAGUCUUGCCAGCGUUGUAGCCGAUGAUCUUGCAGGAAACACUCUUAUCGAAUAUAUGGCCAAGAGUGGUCUACCAACCAGACAUAUAUUGCAGAUUCCUACCGCAUCUGGAGCCAGAACCGCCCAAUAUAUGGCAGUUAAUGAUAGGAACAAAGACCUUGUCGUGGCGAUGGCCGAUAUGUCAAUUCUGGUGAGAUCAGAGUUGGAAUCCCUUGAAUACUGGACGAGCCUACUGGCCGAAAGCAAACCAGAGUGGGUUGUUGUGGAUGCCAACUGGUCCCCGUCAAUCCUAUCUUCAAUUUUGACUGCUGCACAAUUAAACAAGGCAAAUAUUGCUUUUGAGCCUGUCUCUGUCGCCAAAGCAGCUCGGCUCUUUCAUAAGGACAACACUGCAAUUACGAGACGGAAAGUGGUACCUGAGCAUAUCGUCAAUCUCGCGGCUCCUAACCAAUUCGAAUUGACCGCGCUCUUCAAUGCUGCUCGCGAAGCAUCAAUGUUCGAAUCAGAAGAGUGGUGGACACUGAUCGACAGCUAUGGGCUCUCAGCUUCGACUUCGCGCGCUAGGCUCACCGCUGUCGCAGGGCGCGAUUUGGUCGAAGAAGGAAUUCCACAACAGUGCAUUCAACUUCUUCCAUUCAUCCCAAACAUGGUCAUCAAGCUUGGACGUAAGGGUUGUCUUGUGGCGAACUUACUGAAAGAGGAUGAUGCAAAACUAAGGAAUCCGGAUUACGCGCCUUAUAUCGUCGCGAGAAGUCAUGCUGAGGACAGACGUAUUGGAGGUGUUUACAUGCGCCUUUUCAGACCUUCUCAUGAGGUGCAGCAAUCAGAAAUCGUCUCUGUCAAUGGCAUUGGCGACACAAUGCUGGGAGUGAUAGUGGCCGGACUUGUUCAACGUCACACACUCGAGACAGUUGUGCCUAUUGCACAAGACGCCGCUGUGCUUACUCUGAAAUCAGCUCAACCUGUCUCGCCGGAGGUACGAAGCAUUCAGGCAAGACUGACUGGCAGAUCAUAA